AGGAGGAAGGAGCCAGCGUAGUGUGUGUAAAGGAGGGAAUAGUGUCAGUGGGAUGGUCCGGAAAUCCCGUGAUAAAAAGAGGCAGUAGUGAAAGUAAAGGCACUGUUGGCUCGUCCUUGCUCUCCGGCGGGUUCAUCUUGUCUUGUCCGGACACUAUUGGAAGAAACAGAGCGAGAGAGAACUUCUUGGGGCGGCUUCUUCCCCUGCCCUUCAGCGACGCUUUCCGCUCCUGGGUCACACAUGGACCCCGGCGAGUAGCGGACGACAGAUCUCUGAGGGGAAGCCGGCCCGGAGAAAGCGCCUUGCUUGUUUUCGCCGUUCAGGGAAGAGACACCGAGCCGCCGGAACUCGGGCGCUGUGAAAAGGGCAGGCUGCAACUCAAGAACUUGUCUCCGUUUGACUUGCAUGUGAGAAGUGAUCUGGUGAGAAGGAAUUUAAAGCCAUCACCAUGGAAUUUGUAAUGAAACAAGCCUUAGGAGGGGCUACCAAAGACAUGGGAAAGAUGCUGGGAGGAGAAGAAGAGAAGGAUCCAGAUGCUGCCAAGAAAGAAGAAGAACGGCAGGAGGCCCUUCGGCAGCAAGAAGAAGAGAGGAAAGCUAAAUAUGCCAAGAUGGAGGCUGAAAGGGAAGUCGUGAGGCAAGGGAUUCGAGACAAGUAUGGAAUUAAGAAGAAGGAAGAAAGAGAAGCAGAAGCCCAAGCAGCUCUGGAAGCAAAUGCUGAAGGAAGUCUGACACGUCCAAAGAAGGCCAUACCGCCCGGCUGUGGGGAUGAAGAUGAAGAUGAGGAUGAAAGCAUUCUAGACACCGUUAUCAAAUACCUGCCUGGUCCCCUCCAGGACAUGUUUAAGAAGUAAAUAGUUACAGACUGCCAGCCUGUCCAUGGACAGUAAAGCAAUGGAUUUCUCAUUGGUUCAAUGGGGAAUUUAUAUACUGGCCACACAUCACGCAACCUGUUCCCACCCACUGCUCCAGCCUUCCCGCCCAAUCAUUCACUCAAGUCCCGCCUCCCCACACCCAUCUUCUCCCAUCCAUUCCUUAUUUUGUACAUAUCCACAUCUAGUAGAUGCCUCCAAAUGGAUGUAAAGAUUAAGAAGCUGCAGUCUACACAACUUUUUAUUAUUAUAAAGCCAUAGUUCUACGUAUGUUCAAUAAAGACAGGUGUACAUUAAGCAGAAAAAAAGGGACAAUAGCAUGCUUGUUUUUUAUCUCCCAGCAGGAGACAGGGAGCUCACCCAACAAGAUCAACAGGUGGCUCAGGUGCUUUUUCUGUUUUUUUUUGGGGGGGGUCCCCAUUUAUUGGAGUUAUCUCCAAGAGUGGAUCAGGUCACUCUAGGCCUCCACAGCAUUAGUAUGUCCCCUUUCUAGGGCAGAACUGAAAGUAUUCACUUUUUGGGGGGAACAUUUUUGGAAGUGUCAAAGAAUGCUUUCUGAGGAUGGUGGUGGUGGCAAUGCCUAUGAAACUAUUUCUGCCCAUACACAUUGCCCUUUGUUUCCUCUCCUAAAUGACUUGAUUUGCCCUAACUGACAUCACCAUGUAACAUAUCUUGUUUUACUACAUGGUGUAGUGAUGUCAUGAAGUUCACUAUGUGAUCCAUGAUUGGUUGGAAUCAUUCAUGUAAAUUACCUAAGAAGCA